UGGAACAACUUUCACUGUUAGAGAAGAUAAAAGAAAUAGUGAUAUAAUUGAUGGCACCUGGCACGCCAUUCCUUCCGACGGCCACCGACGAGAAGACGCUGCGUCCGAGCUUCAUUCGGGACGAGGACGAGAGACCGAAGGUGGCAUACAACCAAUUCAGCAACGAUAUCCCGGUGAUAUCGUUGGCAGGGAUCGACGAUGAGGAAGGGGCAGGUGGUGAGAAGAGAAAGGAGAUCUGCCGCAAGAUUGUGGCGGCGUGCGAGGACUGGGGGAUAUUUCAGGUGGUGGAUCAUGGUGUUGAUCCGGAGUUGAUCUCGGAGAUGAAGAGGCUUUCGAAGGAGUUCUUCGUGCUGCCGCCGGAGGAAAAGCUCCGGUUCGACAUGUCCGGUGGGAAGAAGGGUGGAUUCAUAGUGUCCAGCCAUCUUCAGGGGGAAGCAGUGCAAGACUGGAGAGAAAUUGUGACAUUCUUCUCAUACCCGGUCCGGAAUCGGGACUACUCGAGGUGGCCGGACAAGCCGGAGGGGUGGAUAUCGGUUGCCAAAUCGUAUAGCGAGAAGCUAAUGGACCUGGCAUGCAAGCUUCUUGGAGUGCUGUCUGAGGCCAUGGGACUUGACAAGGAGGCACUGACCAAGGCCUGUGUGGACAUGGACCAGAAGAUGGUGGUUAACUUCUAUCCCAAGUGCCCCCAGCCAGACCUCACCCUUGGCCUAAAGAGGCACACAGACCCGGGCACCAUCACCCUCCUAUUCCAGGACCAAGUAGGUGGCCUCCAGGCUACAAGGGAUGGAGGUAAGACAUGGAUCACCGUUCCUCCAGUGGAAGGUGCUUUCGUGGUGAACCUUGGGGACCAUGGCCAUUAUCUGAGUAAUGGACGGUUCAAGAAUGCCGACCAUCAGGCGGUGGUGAACUCGAACUAUGAACGGCUGUCGAUUGCGACAUUCCAAAACCCAGCACCUGAGGCAAUUGUGUACCCACUGGCAAUCAGGGAGGGAGAGAAGCCGGUGUUAGAUGAGCCUAUCACGUUCACUGAGAUGUAUCGAAGGAAGAUGAGCAAGGACCUAGAGCUUGCCAGGCUCAAGAAGAUGUCCAAGAUGCAGCAGAAGGAGGUGCUGGAGGACCACAAGGAGGUCAUUGCCAAGCCCAAAGCUCUUAAUGAAAUCCUAGCUUAGUGAAUCAGUUACAAACAUGUUGUCUCUCUCUCUCUCUCUCUAUAUCUCUCUCCCACUUUAUUUGGCAAAGGAGUGAUGCUGUUGUUUUUUUUUUGAGUGAUGCUGUUUCUAGCCCUUAAUCAUUUGCAAUAACAUAUAUAUCUAGAAGUAAAUUUCUGAUAUAUUUGAAA